AACCACAUUGAAUGCAACGCGUUUUUGUGAGGCAGAAGAGGCAUUGGCUUUGCCGUAGCUCAGCUGACUUCGCCAUUUCAUUGAAUUAAUGCCCCUUGCUGUCAUCUUUUGACUCUUUGCAUACACCCCCCAGUUGCAAAAAAAGGUCUCUUUAAAGUUUAACCCCUCUCUCUCCCAUUUUUUUCUUAUAUAUGCCAAUUGCAAAGUCAUAAACUCUGCCUUAGACCCUUGUCUUCAAUUAACCACAGAAAUUCCUAUAGAAUAUCUGUUUCUUUGGUUGAGGUUUUCAGAAGGUAACUGGUAAUGGGGAGACCACCUUGCUGUGACAAAGUCGGUGUGAAGAAAGGUCCAUGGACUCCUGAAGAAGAUAUCGUCUUGGUGUCUUAUAUUCAAGAACAUGGUCCUGGGAAUUGGAGAGCUGUUCCUACCAAUACAGGGUUGCUCAGAUGUAGCAAGAGUUGCAGGCUUAGAUGGACUAAUUACUUGAGGCCCGGGAUUCGAAGGGGUAACUUUACAGAACAUGAAGAGAAGAUGAUAAUCCACCUUCAAGCUCUUUUAGGCAACAGAUGGGCUGCAAUAGCAUCUUACUUGCCUCAAAGAACAGACAAUGACAUUAAAAACUACUGGAACACUCAUCUGAAGAAGAAGCUGAAGAAACUCCAUGGAAGUGAAGUUUAUUGCAGAGAUGGGUUCACAUCAUCAGCUGCAUCAGACCAGAUUUCACGAGGUCAAUGGGAGAGAAAGUUGCAGACUGAUAUAAAUAUGGCUAAACAGGCUUUAUCAGAUGCAUUGUCCCCUGAGAAAUCAAGUGAUUUAACUGAGUUGAAACCUUGUCAUGGGAACACUUAUGCCAAACCAGAAGGGUAUGCAUCAAGCACGGAGAAUAUAGCUAAGCUGUUGAAAGGGUGGAUGAGAAAGAACCCAUUAAAGCCUGCUUCAACAAACUCUGGUGUCACUCAACAAUCAUAUGACAACAUGGUGGCUACUGGGGUGACCACUGAUUCAGCUAAUUCUAGUGAAGGGAAUGAUCAAAGGUGCAGCAAGCCAAUGUGUGAGGGUUUUGAGUCGUUGUUUGUGUUUGGAUCUUUUGAUUCUUCAAAUUCAGAUGAUUUCUCACAAUCCAUAUCAACUGAGGCAAGCCUUAGUUUGCAAGAUGAAACAAAGCCAGAUCUUAGUCCCCAACUUUCAUUGCUUGAGAAAUGGCUUUUUGAUGAUGCUGCAAAUCAAGGGAAAUAUUACCAGCUUAGUGAUAUCACAUUAGAUGAAAACCCUAGUUUUUUUCUAGAGGGGGGGAUUUGAGAGUUCUUGUUAUAGGAGCUUUUGGGGAUUCUUUCUUGGCUUAUUUUUUUUCAGUCACCCCCUUUAGUGGUACCACAGAAGUGUAAAUUUUCACUAUAUUAGUGUGUUGGCAGAUACCUUUGGUCGAGAAUAAGUAAUUUCUGCCUUCAAUCCUAUUUAGACAAUGAUUUGUCUGCUUUGUAAAAUCUUGAAUUUGGAAUUAUAAGAUGAUUUAAACUUACUCCCAA